AUGAGGGGGCUGUGGCUGCUGCAGCUGCUGCUGGUGACCUACACACUCGGGGAGAGGACACAGCGCAGGGUCUACUUACGGGAGGAGUUUGAAGACGGGGAACCCCCUAGACGAGAGCACAUCAGACCACGGGAGCUAAAUGUCAAACCACAAGAGGAUCUGCAGUUUCUGACGACAACGAGCAGGAAGAGACCCAUCCCUCUCAAGUGUUUUUUUUUUUUUUACAGUCUCACUUUGUCGCCCUUCUUUACAGACAGAUGGAAAAAAAGAUGGGUGGAAUCUAAACAUCAACUGGAUUAUGGUAAAUUUCAGCUCACUGCAGGAAAAUUUUAUGGUGACAAAGAAAAAGAUAAAGGUCUCCAGACCAGUGAAGAUGCCAAGUUUUACGCCCUCUCAACAAGGUUUGAGCCAUUCAGCAAUGAAAAUGAGACCUUGGUGGUUCAGUUUUCAGUAAAACACGAGCAAGGCAUUGAUUGUGGUGGCGGGUAUGUGAAACUCUUUCCUGCCACCCUGAACCAGGAGGAUAUGCAUUCGGAAUCCGAGUAUUACAUCAUGUUUGGCCCCGACAUCUGUGGCUUUGGGAACAACAAAGUACAGGUCAUCCUUCAUUACCAAGGGAAAUACUAUGAGAAUAACAAGACCAUCAAGUGCAAGAUCAAUAAAGACACUCACCUGUACACUCUGAUCAUUCGCCCCAAUGCUACCUAUGAGGUCAAAAUUGACAACAAGAAAGUGGCAGCUGGUGGUCUGGAGGAAGACUGGGACUUCUUGCCUCCUAGGAAAAUAAAAGACCCUUAUGCCCGGAAACCAAGGAAAUGGGAUGAACAUCUGCAAAUAGAGGAUCCUGAUGAUAAGAAACCUGAGGACUGGGAGGACUUUGAGUACAUCCCACACCCAGAGGCCAAGAAGCCGGAGGACUGGGAUGAGGCUAUGGAUGGGGAGUGGGAAAGGCCUCUGAUACCAAACCCAAAGUAUAAGGGACAGUGGAAACCUCGGAUCAUUGACAAUCCCAAUUACCAGGGGAAGUGGAUUCAUCCAGAAAUAGACAACCCUGAAUAUAAACCUGAUCCCACCAUUUGUCGCUAUUAUAAUAUCAGUGUUCUUGGCCUGGAACUUUGGCAGGUAAAAUCAGGCAGCAUCUUCGACAAUGUCCUUCUUACAAAUGAUGAAGAAUUUGCUGAAAAGGUUGGAAAUGACACCUGGGGAAUAAGAAAGGACCCAGAGAAGCAAUGGAGAGAACUGUAUGAAGAAAUUGAAAAAAGAAAGCAGGAAGUAGAGGCCAAGAAGAAAAAGGACAAGGAGGAGGAAGAGAAAGAUGACAUCUGGGGACUUGAAGAAGAGGGAAGUGAAGAGGAUCCUGCUGAGGAAUCAGGAAGCGACAGGCAGCUGCAGGAAGAUGAUGCUGACGGAGCAUUUCUGAGUAAAAAUGAAGAAGUCCUUUUUGACCAGAAGGAUGAACUGUAACUGGGAGAAAAAUGGUUAUGCUUAGAGGGAGAACAUGUGCACGAGGUUGGAGCAAUUUGGGGCGAGAAAUAACUUGCUCUUUCUUGAAUAAACUUAGUAUUUCCACCCCAGCUCCUUUGCUCUGUAUGACCUGGAGAAAGUCAUAUUAUGUCUUGAGGCUUCUAUUUCCUCAUUAGUGGAAAGGGGGUAA